GAUGCGGAGAAGGCGGGACUUCCUGCGCGGGCGCUGGAGCGGUCCGGCGGCCGGUGUCUCCGGGGUCCGGGCUCUCGCGGCGGCGGCGGCGGCGGCCUCUCCGUGAGGCGGCGCGCGGGGACAUGACGUCAGCGUCCACAAAGGUCGGAGAGAUCUUCUCUGCGGCGGGCGCCGCCUUCACGAAGCUCGGGGAGCUGACCAUGCAGCUGCAUCCCGUGGCAGAUUCUUCCCCCGCGGGUGCCAAGUGGACGGAAACGGAGAUAGAGAUGCUGAGGGCUGCUGUGAAGCGAUUUGGGGACGAUCUUAAUCACAUCAGCUGUGUCAUCAAGGAACGGACAGUGGCUCAGAUAAAGGCCACUGUGAAGAGAAAGGUGUAUGAAGAUUCUGGCAUCCCACUUCCAGCCGAGUCACCCAAGAAAGGGCCCAAGAAGGUGGCAUCUGGUGUCUUGUCACCUCCUCCAGCUGCCCCUCCACCCAGCAGCUCCGGUGUCCCUGAUGCCGGGGGUCCUCCCAUAAAGAAACAGAAGGCUGAUGUGACAGUGAGUGCCCUGAACGACUCCGACGGCAACAGUGACCUGGUGGAUAUUGAAGGGCUUGGAGAAACUCCUCCAGCCAAGAAACUCAACUUCGACCAGGACAGCCUGACUUUGGGUUCUGGUCUUCUCACGACCUCCACUGAUCCUGUUCUACUUUCUUGCUGAACCAUCCAUUUCUGACCCCUGUCACUGUUCACCCGGACCUGUGGAUCGCCUGGGACUCUGACCAAGGCCUGCAUGAAAGAAAGUCAAAAGACUUCUGGGUCUAUCUACCCUGCUUUUCAGCCCGCUGACCCCUUUGACCUCCGUCGUUGGAUAUUUUUAUAAAGAAAACAAUAAAAGAUUUCCCUCCCUG